GAUGGCGGCUGUGCGAGCUUUUCGAACGGUUGUUGGGGCUGAGGGGCUCAAGUUGCGGCUGGGUGUCGGGAGGACCCCGCUCCGACAGUGUUACGCUCCACCCCGUAUCUAGGUGCAUCGUGAUUUUCAGUGCGCAACGUGUGUCAAAAUAAAGAAGGAUGAAGUUGAGAAGGUGUUAAUGAGGCAAGGACGUAGGUUGAUCGAUUCUGUUUGUGUCCACCAUUAUAAGUGUCGUAGUAGUACCCAUUUCCUGAAGCCAGAAUAUCCUACAUUUAACAAGCCAUCUCUUCAACUCAACAAACAAUCAAGAUUUUUCAGAACCUGUACUGCUGUUAAUGGCCAGAUUGUUCAGUUUAAACUUUCUGAUAUUGGAGAAGGGAUAAUGGAGGUUCAUGUGAAGGAAUGGUAUGUAAAGGUAGGAGACACAGUGUCACAGUUUGACAGCAUCUGUGAAGUUCAGAGUGACAAAGCAUCAGUUACAAUAACAAGCCGAUAUGAUGGUGUGGUUCGAAAAAUUUAUUACAACGUGGAUGACACCGCUUAUGUGGGCAAACCACUGAUUGAUAUAGAAACAGAAGCUGUAAGAGCUGUUGUACCGGAACAAGAUGUUGUUGAAGCUCCUGCAGUGUUGAAUGAGGAACACACGCACCAGGAAAUAAAAGGGCAGAAAAUAUUGGCAACACCAGCUGUACGCCGACUUGCCAUGGAGAACAACAUAAAGCUAAGUGAAGUGGUUGGGACUGGAAAAGACGAACGAAUCCUGAAAGAGGACAUACUGAACUACUUAGCUAAACAAACUGGGGCCAUUUUACCACCAUCACCUGAGAUUAGUCCACCUCCACCGGAACCAGUUCAAUCAAAACCGAAAGGGACGCCACCAGUUCCUAAACCAAUAACUCCAACUUUGGCAUUUACUGGAAAAGAUCGAACUGAGCCAGUUAAAGGGAUCCAGAAAUCUAUGGUAAAGACCAUGACCGCUGCUCUGAAAAUUCCUCAUUUUGGUUACUGUGAUGAAGUGGAUUUAACUCGUCUUGUGAAGCUACGGAAAGAGCUAAAAGUUGUGACUGAAGAUCGAGGGAUCAAGCUCUCUUUCAUGCCAUUCUUUCUAAAGGCAGCAUCUUUGGGUUUGCUACAGUAUCCUAUCCUAAAUGCUUCUUUGGAUGAAAACUGCCAAUUUGUAACUUAUAAGGCUUCCCACAACAUAGGUAUCGCUAUGGAUACGCAGCAAGGUCUGAUUGUUCCAGUUGUUAAGAAUGUUCAGGUCCUUAGUGUCUUUGAGAUUGCAGCAGAAUUAAACCGGCUGCAAACUUUGGGCUCUGCCAAUCAGCUGGGGACAAAUGACCUCACUGGAGGGACAUUCGCUCUUUCCAACAUUGGCACGAUUGGUGGCACUUAUGCUAAACCUGUGAUACUACCUCCAGAAGUAGCUAUUGGUGCUAUUGGAAAGAUACAGGUCCUGCCACGAUUUAAUGAUAAAGGUGAAGUGAUCAAGGCUCAAAUCAUGAAUGUAAGCUGGUCAGCUGAUCACCGGAUUAUUGAUGGAGCCACAAUGGCCCGAUUUUCAAACCUUUGGAAAUCCUACUUGGAGAAUCCUGCAUCCAUGCUGCUAGACCUAAAGUAAAGAAAGGUCAUUGAUAAACAACAACUUAGUUCAACAGACUAGUUUCAAGAGUAAUAGGUUUUAUUUCAAAUUGAUUUAUAAAUGCUGCCACGGUCUUCUGUUUUGGUUUUUUUCAUUCUGAACAGUGACUUGUCUAAAGCAGCGGUUUAUAUUUAGUAGAGGUCAGAUUUUGGUUCUUUUUUUAAAUUAAAUGAUGGAAGGGGUAUAAUUCUUGCAGGGUGAGGUUUGCAUUAAACAUCUUCUCUACUUCCUCUUCCUUUAAACUCUCUCCCUGUCUCCCCUGCCCACCAAAAACAAAAAUGGUAAGGUCAUUGUGAAAAGUAAGUAUUGUAGCAUCUAGCUUUAACUGUAUAAACACAUGCCAUAAUUCAA